UGUGCGGGCGCGGCGGCAAAACGUGCUCGCCUCCCUUAACUGGCGCCCGCGCACCCCGGGAGCCAAGAACUCCCCGCAGGAAGCUUGGAGUACCUGGACCCGCCGCAGAUAACCCCCGCCCCGUCACCCGCCCGGCUUUCUCUUCCUCCUCCUCCUCUGGCCCCUCGCCUCCCGCCGCCUGCCUCCGCGGCCGCCGCCUGCGGCUUUGUUUUCCUCCCAGGUUUCAUUCCCCACACGUGAUACUGUGUUAUUGCAAAGAGCGCUUCGGAGCGCGAGCGCUGGGCGCGCGCACCUAUAAAUACGGACACCGGGUCUGGGAAGCCGAAGACCGCAAGGGUGGGGAGGGCCUGGGACUUGGCGAUCAGCGACCAGCCAGCCAGCAAGGAAGCAAGCGACCGAGAGAGCGAGCUACACAGCCGCGCGCGUGGGCCCGGGCGGCGGCGUCCCCGGCCGCAGCACCAAGGGGUGAGCAUGGCCCGCCCGCGGGGGGGCCGGGCCGCCGCGCACGCCGCCUGCGCCCCGCGCCCUGCCCAGCCCGGGUCACCGGCGCUCGCGCUCGCUGCUUAGCACUCGGGCGCCGCUCGCUUCUCCGGGCAUCGCGGAAAUACCGCCGCAGACGGACACAAUGGCGGCGACUGCCGCCACCACGGCCGCCACCGCCGGCACGGCCGCCUGCAGCAGCAACAGCAGCAGCACCGGCACCGACGCCGCGGGCACCAGCAGAUUGCAGCAGCCGCCGCAGCAGCCCCAGCCCGCGGCCGCCCCGCCGGCCCAACCACCGCCGCCCGAGCCUCCCAGGAAGCCGCGCAUGGACCCGCGGCGCCGCCAGGCUGCCCUCUCCUUCCUCACCAACAUCUCGCUAGACGGACGGCCGCCGCUGCAAGACGAGGAGUGGGGCGGCGGCGAGGAGAGUGGCGCGGCCAAGCCCGGCGCCGGCAGCGCCUGCGGCGCGAGGACUCGGCUCAGCCUGCUCGCCGCCGCCGAGCGGGGCGGCUGCAACGCGCUCGCUGCAGCGGGCACGGCGGCGGCGGUAGCAGCUGGAUGGGGCCCCUGCCUCCCGCAGCCUUCGCCACUGCCGCCGCUGGCUCCCGGCGGCCACGCUCCGGGGUCCGGUCCCGGGGCGGCACGGGCCUUCGUGAGCUCUCUGGGCGCCGGCAGGGCGUCGGGGGAGCAGCUACAGCCGCCCCGGUCUGCACCUUUCGCCUCCUGUGCUUCGCCGCAGCUGCCCGACGGGCCCGGGGACGGCGGGCAGGAGGAGUUGGAGGAGGACGAUGCCUUUUCCAGCGUGCAGGUGCCGACGGCCGCCUUCUUGGCCUCCGGGACCCCCGGGAGUGGGAGCGGCAGUCGAGGUCGCCUCAACUCGUUCACUCAGGGAAUCCUGCCCAUCGCCUUCUCCAGGCAGACCUCGCAGAACUACUGCUCUCUGGAGCAGCCGGGCCAGGGGGCCAGCACCAGCGCCUUGGAACAGCUGCAGAGGUCCCGACGUCGCCUCAUUUCCCAGAGAUCAUCCUUGGAAACCCUGGAAGAUAUUGAGGAGAAUGCCCCUCUACGGAGAUGUCGAACUCUCUCAGGUUCGCCCAGACCAAAGAACUUUAAGAAGAUUCAUUUUAUCAAGAACAUGCGGCAGCACGAUACCAGGAAUGGCAGAAUAGUCCUUAUCAGUGGCAGAAGAUCCUUCUGUAGUAUAUUUUCAGUGCUGCCCUAUCGUGACAGUGCCCAAGCAGGGGAUUUGAAGUUGGAUGGAGGGAAACAGUCAACAGGUGCCGUGAGCUUGAAAGAGAUCAUUGGCCUUGAAGGCGUGGAGCUGGGAGCUGAUGGGAAGACUGUUUCUUACACCCAGUUUCUGUUACCCACAAAUGCCUUCGGAGCCCGGAGAAAUACCAUAGACUCCACCUCCUCCUUCUCCCAGUUCCGUAACCUGAGCCACCGCAGCCUCUCCAUAGGACGCGCAAGCAGCACCCAGGGGAGCCUCGACACAGGUAGUGACCUGGGAGACUUCACGGACUAUGACCCAAAUCUCCUGGAUGACCCCCAGUGGCCUUGUGGCAAGCACAAGCGAGUUCUGAUCUUUCCUUCAUACAUGGCCCCGCUAGGGGAGGACCGGGCCCAUCAAGCUCAGCUUUGUCUGGAGAUCCAUGGUGACUGGAGGCCUCCAUGUGCACUCCGAGCAAACGUUUGGCACUGGGCUCCCGAUGACAGAAUUAUCUCCUGGGAGAGUGAAGGUAGGGCGAUGUGGGCGUUAAAUGCAAAAUCUUCCCUUGCCAUUUUUACUUCAUGGACUCUUCCUGUUUUUCCCUUUGUGUAAUUUCGGUUUCUGCUUUUGGCUGACCACCAUUUCCCACCACUUGGGCUGCCGUUUCUCCAGACACCAGUGGGGCCUGAUGGGGUCGUGUGUCCUUUCUUGGGGCGGACUUGCCCCAGCUCAGCGGCCGGCAGAUCCUGGGCAGCUGUGGGAGGAGGAGAGAGCUGAGCUUGUGGGAAACCUGCCACACCAGGCCUGCCACACACAUCGGGUGGGAGAGCACUGACCCGGAAUGCCCCUGCUGCCUCCCUGAUGGGCCCAGAUGGGGCGGGCACAGUUCACAACACCCGGCUCUGGUUCCCUUGUUCCUCCACCACCCUUGUCGCUCUCCACGGCCUUAACUUUGGGAGCGAGCAGAGGGUCCUUCUUCUGUUUUGGGCUCAUGUGUCUGUAAAAGCAAGGGCCGGGAGCCCAUUUACUGAACGAGCCCCUGCACACGCGCUCUGAGCUGAGAGUUCUCAGCAGUGGCAUUCCACGCUCCAGCCUCUCCUUCUCCCCUGAACAUUUGGCAAGUGGCUGACAUCAGAGGAACAGCAGGCAGAACUCGGGACCUUGCCGGUGGCUUUCCAGCAUAUAUCCUAUUCUAAUACGCUGUGCUGAGUCUGAAUGAAUUACCAGAGGUGCUUAGUUUAAAAUUGCCUGUUUCUUACUCUCCCAUCCUCUUCCCCCACCUCCUAAACACAGAAAGCAAGACCAGAGCCAUGUGUAAUUUUUAUUCCACUCUAUGACCUGUUAAGAUUAUAUACUACUUGGGGCACCUGGAUGUUCAGUUGGUUGAGCAUCUGACUCUUGAUUUCGGCUCAGAUCACGAUCUCACGGUUCAUGGGAUAGAGCCCCAUGUUGGCUCUGUGCUUAGAGCGCAGAGCCUCCUUGGGAUUCUCUCUUCUCUAUUUCUGCUCCUCCCCCAUGCUCACACUCUUUCUAAAAAUAAACUUAAAAAAAAAAAGAUGAUUUACUUCUUUCACAAAGCCAGAGUUUAUUCAUGUAAGCUAGCCCACAAGUGUGUAAUAAAUUAUCAGAAUCACCACCCUAAUGUUAAGGAGGGAGCAACUGAAACGUCAUGGCUUGUGUAAGACUAAGAUUCUUUAUGUUCACUGCUUUUUAUUCACUAAGUGACGGGGCUGGAAACUGUGGUUCGGGGAGUUUGAGUGAGGCUGUCAUAGUUGCCAGACAGGAAGUGGGGGCCGAGGCUAGAACUCCUGGCUUGGUCCUCUUCUCACUUGGCCCGUGACCCCCAUGUCCCUCAGCAGUCAGUGGCAGAACUGCUGACCUUGGGGUAGGGCAUGAAAAUAGUUCUUUGGGCCAACAGGUUACCAGAUUUCUAGGUAACCAAGAGAAUAAGAGGGGGGCACUAUUUUUGAUUGACCUUGGGGUUUGGUAGGAAGCUCUUCUCUAGAUCAUGUUCUGUCUAGUGAUAACAUUGACCUUUCCUUCUACAGGCCUGGUGUCAGGCUGGUACUACAUCUUCUUUUCUUUAAAUGAUUUCACUGUGAGCUUUAAGGUUCUGGGCCAUAGUCUACAUUUGCGUGCCUGUGCACACAGAUGAUUUUUCGUCCUUGGACGGUGUGCCAGAUGAUUCGCCAAGUCAGCAUAUACGUCCUAUCCUCCUUGUUUUAUGUUCCCAACUGGCUCAUUUUUCAUUUCACCACGCUGAAUCUACAGCCUGUGCUUCCUGUAACAGUACACGUUUUAGAGAACGAAAUUGCUUGUGAGCCGCAUUUCCUAGUCAGCUCCAUAAGAUGUACGUCUCCUACUCUGGCCACAGAUAUUGGUACUUUGAUAAAAUGUGGGGCAUUUGCUUUCCAGCAUAGUCCUCUAUCACUGAUGUGCAGGUCGUGUGUUACAAAGAGCCUCAGACUGGCUCCCAGGAAACUUCCUGUUUAGAAGCAGGCAUGGAAUAGAGCUGUUUCACAUGCAGCGAACUUGCACGAGUAAGUGCGAGCGUUUUGUUUUUGAUUCGUGUUGGUUUGCUUGAACUCAUAGAAUUUGUCCAAUUCAGCCAAUGACUGAGGCCCUACUAUGUGUCAGGCCAGGUGCUCCCUUACAUAGUGUUUUUGUCAACCUUCUAGUGGGUGGGGAAGUCAGACAGUGAACAAGUAGACAAGUCACUGCAGUCAGGAGGAGGGUGAAGAAAAGUGGUUAGGAGAUGAUGGGGGCAGGGUUGGGGGGUGGAGGUUGGAGGCCGGCCUGUAGGAAGGCUCCCCUGAGGACAUAGCAUUGAAGGGGAGUGUGAGGGGUAAGAAGGAGCAGCCUUGCCAGGCCUUGGUGGGAGGGGCCCAUGCACAAGACUGUCAUGUGAAGGGGUGGAAGAGAGCGAGUGUAUAAAAUCAAGAUUUUUAACAGUAAAAGUCACUGUCCUUCCCUCUACGCACAUGCACAUACAUGUACAUUCCCACACACGCACAGGUGGAGAAGGCAGGCCCAUAGAAUGAUGAUCCUGACAGACGUUCGAUACCUACUCGACCCCGAGCACAGGGAACUGUGCUUGUAAUAGGCUCUGGCUACCAGGUUAGACAGAGGUAUAGGGUUACUUGACCCAGGCUGUUGAAAACCUUCUUUGAGGGUCUGAGGCACAUCUUGGCCUGUAGGUGGGUGUGAGGCCCUCUGUGUAGACAAACCCAGCCUUGGAGCUUUCCUCUUGGGAUGUGAACCCUCAUCAUUGGCAGGGCACCCCCGGCGGGUGGACGUCAGACCUGUACAAAGUCUGUGCACCCCGGCUCCUCUCUCCCCUCUCUGGGGCUUCCUGUAGUGGCCUUUGCUGGAAGAUGCCCAUCUCCCUUAAUACUCCCAAGGCCUGUGGGGUCCUGCUGCCUAUGCUUAUCUCCCUGAGGUCCCCAGGGCAGCUCAGGUGAGGCCAGCCCAGCAGAGGCCUCAGGAGAGCCAGGGACUGUUGUCCAGUGUUUUGGAGUGUUCUGUUUCUGUGGAAAUUCAGGGUCUGAAAUGUUUGUGUGGCCUCUGCAGAAUCAGGCAGCCUUGAAAGUGAUGAGCUAAACCUUUCACCCCAUCACAUCCAGUGGCAGCCAUUAACUUUUUUUCUCUUUUCAUAUGGAGGUGUAAUUUACAUGUGAUCAAAUGUACACAUUUUAAAUGUACAGUUACAUGAUUUUUGUAACCUCUACUUUAAUGGAGAUAUAACAUUUCUUUCCCCUUAGUUCCCUCCUCUCCAUCCUGUUCUCCCUCCCACCUGUUCCUGGCAAGGCAGCUGCUUUUUUUUUUUUUUUUUUUUUAACGUUUAUUUACUUUUGAGAGACACAGAGAGGCAGAGCAUGAGCAGAGGAGGGGGAGAGAGAGAGAGAGAUACAGAAACCAAAGCAGGCUCUAGGCUCUGAGCUGUUGGUUAGCACAGAGCCUGACACGGGGCUCAAACUCACAAACUGCGAGACCAUGACCUGAGCUGAAGUCGGAAGCUCAACCGACUGAGCCACCCAAGUGCCCCUAGGCAACUGCUCUUUUGACUUCUGUCACCAUAAACUAGUUUGCCUACUCUGGCACUUUAAAUAAGUGGAAUCAUAUACUAUGUGCUUUUUUUUUGGGCCCAUCUUCUUUCAUACGAUUUAAUAGGUGAGAUUCACUCAUGUUGCAGGUGUCAGUAGUUUGUUUUUUUUUAAUUGCUGAGUAGGAUUCUAUUGUAUGGGUAUACCAUAGUUUCCAGUUUGGAGGCACUAUGAAUAUUGCAGCUAUGAACAUUCUUCUACAGGUCUUUGGUGGACAUAUAUUUUCAUUUCUCUUGGACAGAUAAAUACCUAAGAGUAGGCUUUCUGAGUCAUUAUGUAGGUGAUGUUAACGAGCCGGGAUGUAGUUGGACAUAUAUUUUCAUUCCUGUGUGUUCUAAGUGUGAUAUAAAAAGGCCGCUUGUGUUGCCACAGUUGGGACAUGUCUUAAAGUGGAAGCGUUCCAGAGGCAAACAAUUCCCUGAGGCCUAGAAAGAAGCCUGUUACAUACAAAGUUUAAGUGGCACCUCUUUAAAACUGGCCUCACACAUAGACUUAGGUUGGUUUUUAACCUUGAUGUACGCAGGUCACUUCCACUAUUAGCCACCGUGAAAGGGCAAAGGGAAAAUUUUGAAGUAAAGAAAAAAAGAUUCCUGGGGCAGGUCUGGAAACCAAGUCUCAGCUACAAGUAGGGCCUGUGGUUUUGGCCCUAAAGUUUCUAGACGGUGACCACAGAAUAGGAAAGUAUGUUGAGCCUCCUGGCUGCAUGUGGGUUCUCACAGGGCCUUAGCUUAAUGAUGGUGUUUCUCAGUGUGGUGAGGGCAGCCGUGAGGCCUCGAGUCAGAAGCAGGGGCUUCCUGCCUUAUGUGCCGCCUGGCCUGUCAUUAAAGUUUCACCAGAGAGUGGUUGUUUAUCAUUAGAACCUGGCAGCUGAAGUCAGUAGUGGUUUUGUUUUUUCUUCCCUUUUUGGGUGUGGAGAGCAAUUAAGAGGAGAAAGUAGGCAAAAGAGCUGACUGAGCUAGUGCCAACAGAGUUAAGGUUAUUUGAAUGGAUUUCUGGAUCCUUUUCCUUUCUCAGGAAGAAGUCCCUCUCGACCUGUUCUGACAGCAGAAAAAAAAAAAAACGGCUAAUAACCUUUACGAUAUCUAUAUCAUUCUUGAGAGGACACCUCUUGGAUUGAUCUUCUUGAUAAAGUGCCUAUGCUUGUAUUUACUUAAUAUUACAGUCUAAAUACUCCUAGAAAAACCCCUCCUUCCUACCCCCAGACCUCCCCAGUGUUGUGGGAAUGUGUCCUAGAACUUUUUCCGCACAGUAGGAAAUGCUGAGCAGUGGAUAAUAAAGACUCAACCAAAGGAAGAUGAAUUCAGCCUUCUGUGUGGCAGGCAGUUGGCCCAGCUUUCCCUCACUGUAUGUCUUUUUCACCACAAGCUGUCUUGAUUUCCUACUUACCUGUCUGCAGUGUGGGUUUAUAGAGAAGAUGAAGUAGCUUGAGCCCCAGGGGCUCCUCCCUGUAAGGCCCUCAGGUUUCAAGGUGCUUUAAAAGCUCCUUCAAUUCAGGAGACCCUCAUUAGGAAAAGUAAUGUGUCAUUACAAUAACCAAAGUGCUAGUCCUUUCUGGAGACUUGGAAGGGCUUUAGAGCUUCCCCAGCUCCAGGGAAAAUCUGUCAGGCACCUGCACAGAAGCUGAGCAGUGGGAUCUUUGUCCCACAGCUUUUGAUGCAAGUGUUAAAAUACAACUAUUUUUUUUUUUAUUUUGAGAAAGCCCACACAUAAGGUGGGAAGAGGGGCAGAAUGGGGGGUUGGAGAGAAUCUUAAGCAGGCUCCACCCGACUGAGUCACCCAGGUGCCCCAAAAUAAAAUGCCUUUUUAAAUGCCCUAUUGCAUUAUGUGGUGCAUUUUGUGUUUUGGUUUUAGGGUUUUUUUGGGAGGAAGGGGUUGUGUGUGACAGCUUUAUUGGAUGUAAUUCACAUAUCCUACGAUUCACUUUUUUUUAAAUGUUCAGGGGUGUCUGGCUCAGUCUGUGGAACAUGCUACUCUUGACCUUGGGAUUGUAAAUUCAAGCCCCAUGUUGGGCGUAGAGCCUACUAAAAUAUAAAAAUUAAAUAAAGUGUACAAUUAAGUGGUUUUUAGAAUAUUCACAAAGUUGUGUAGCCAUCACCAUAAUCAGUUUCAGGACAUUUUCAUCAUCCUCAAAAGAAGCCCCUGUACCUCCACCCCCUGAGCCCUGGGCAACCACUAAUCUACUUUCUGUGUCUGGACACUUGUCUAUUCUGGACAUUUCAUAAAAACGGAAUCAUAUACCAUGUGGCCUUUUAUGUCUGGCUUUUACUUGGAUAAUGUUUUCAGCAUGUAUCCAUGCUGUAGCAUGCAUCAGUAUUGUGGUUUUCUUUUAAUCUUUUUUUUUCUUAUAAAAAUAAUGCAAAAUGAAAUACUAGCUUUACAUUUUACCAAGAUGUAGCAUCUGCUUCCUUUCUAUGUGUUUAUUUCAGGUUUAGUGCCCAUUUUGUGAUCUCUUUUUUCCUAAGGUUUAUUUAUUUUGAGAGAGUGAGUAUGAGCAGGGAAGGGGGAGAGAGAGAAUCCUAAUCUCCAGCAUGGAGCCUGCUGGGAAUUCUCUCUCCCUAUGUUUCUGCCCCGCAGACACUCUCGCUCACUCUCAAAAUAAAUAAAACAUUUUAAAAAAUAGUAAAAGUGCAUCCAAAUACAUUAUGUAUGUGUGUGAACUUAAAGCCACACCUACCCAGUGUCCUCUCAGGUGAGUGGACUCUAGAAGUUUCUAUAGGACCAUAUAAGUAUUUGACAAAUACCUGAAGCUCUAUGCCUACCUUGCCCUUCCUGGCAAAUCCAUGUAAGAGUGUAACCCUGAAGCAAAAGCAGUUUUCCUGUGGUUUCUCUCCUUGAUUUGCAAACGGUUUCAUUUUGGUGAGGGAAAUUGAAGAGCUGCUCCCCUAAGGGGAAGGGAGGGAGAGUAAAUCCGGGAUUAUGUAUUUGGAAUCCGAUGGGUAGAAAUAGCAACAAAUGCUGCCCGGGGCUGCGAAGGCCCUCUGCUCAUUCCCAUAGUUUUCCUUGUGAUUUACUGUCCUCUUAGGGAAAAGGAAAAAUGCGUAGAAGAGCUGAAAUGCACAGCAGUUCGUGGUUAGAUUGAUCUAGGUGAGGGCCACCACUCUGCUUAAUUACCUUAGCGAGCACAGAACAUCUGCUUCCCAGUGCCCUGCUGAGCUCGGAGCGCCGAUGGACAGGGGACAAGUGCAGUCAGGCAGGAUAGCCCCGGCCGUGCAGUGGCUGUUGGUGUUGGAAGGAGCUUGCAGAGAUCACUGCCCGAUACCCAUCCUUUGGAAUGUUCUGCCCCCAGGGGAUCCUGUGACCCAGAGGGGAACCUUAGCAGAGUCUACAGCAAGCCCACAUCUGUUCAGAGCUGCUUGUAAGAAUGCUUGGAGAGAUGUGCACGGCAGGAGGAUAGAGAAGGAAGGAGAAAGUUCUCAGGUUCAAAAUGGAAGCACCUUUUAUAUUGUUUCUAUUGAAACCAGACCAGCUCUGAGCCCCUCUUUGUUCUCCGGCAUUGUCAUUGGGGUACAUGUACCCCCCACACACACCUGCCUGCCUUGCCUGCCUCUACUGUCUCCCGUUGCAUCCAACCCCACUGUGAGGCCCCCACUGCACAGCUCUGUGACUGGUGCUAUGGGCCAGGUGCGGGUCAAGGUCAUUUCCUUCUCUCCUAACAUAAGUCAAUCUCUGUUUUUUUUUAAAAAGCAAAAGGUGUCUCAGUAUGUCCACAAUAGAUAUGGUAGACUUUUCCAGCUAGAUGACUAAGUUCUGGCCUUACCAUCUUUUCUUGUCAUCUCAGAAGGGAGCCGUGGUGUCAGCCCCCCACUGAGCCUUCCUGACUGUGCCUCCUAUCUCAAGCAGGCCAGUCCCCUUCCGAACUGCGUCUCAGGACAUUCUGCGUCUGGGAUAGUCUCCUCCCAGCUGACCUUCCUCUCUUCCCUUUUAUGUGGCUGUGCACACACAGCUUCCUUGCAGCCAGGCAGCUGCACGAAAGUGCACUGAAGCUACCUCUUAUCCCAAGAGUGGAAUGGCCCUCUCUGCAAAAUUGCAAGCACCACAGGGCUGGAGCUGUCUGCCUGCCAUGCAGCCUGUCCCAGCUGUCAGCCUCUGCAGUGGGCCACAAGGAGCCCUACGUCUGGCAAAUCCUAUGGCCUAGAAUUAGGUGGCAUGGAAAACAGUGGUCACUUGGUCUGUCCCAGACCAGGAAGGAACCACAGCCUGGUUAUUAGCACUUUGAUUUGUAGUGAUGUGUGCUGGCAAAACCUGGGCAUUGGGAGUCUUUACACAGUUAGACUCGUAGGAGAGCUGGUACGUAGCACUGGCCUCACUUUUAAUUCAUUGUCUCUCAAGCCAGAAGGAAUGAGUAACUACCCCGUGCCCAUAUCUCAGCCUCCAGUACUGCCACCUUCACUCACCUCUGUCACUGGAAGGAGGAGAGGUGCCUUCCAGGUGGUCAGGAGGUCCAGCCUAUCAAAAUCUCUUAUGGCCCCCCAAGACAGAUAGGACCACGCAGUGGAACUGUGGCUGCUGUAUUCCAGAGAGUGGUUCUCACUGGGAACUGGAGCUGAAGACAGCAAGGACUGUCAUCUCUGGAAACUGCCUGACAUAGCGGCCCUGGGCUCAGGGUGAUUUGCCCAAUACACAGAGUCUGGUCCAUGCGGGGCCAGUAUGGGGCAGUGGGCUCAAGGGUGCAGCAUGUAAGGGUCUGGAAGCAGAGGGUCACUUUGGGGGCUUCCCAUUCAGCUGCCCUGAUUGUGUACCCCAAGCAGUUGAAUUUGAGCCUUACAGAUGGCCAGUUGCCCUGCAGCUGUUGACAUAAAGCAGAUGAUGGAGAAGCCAGAAGAAGAAACUGAAGCAGAGAACACUUAGCAGUUUCACAGAAUCCUGGGGUUCUGGCUCCAGAGUUUGUGAUCUUCUCCCACAGAGCCACAGCUCAGAAAAAGAGACAAAAGUAAGACCGAAGAGAGAGCCAUGGAAAGUACUCCCUCAGACUGAGGCCAAGGCCAACAAACACCUCCUGCCUGGGUCAGAGCUAAGGCCAGUGGGGGCAGCUACAUCCAGCCUGGGAAGAACAGAGAGGCUGUGUAGCAGCACCAUUAUGAGCAAGCGCCACUGCUCUGGCUUGAAUGGUGUCCCCAAAAAACAGGUUGAGGUCCUAACCCCUAGUACCUCAAACUGUGACCUCAUUUAGAAAUAGAGUGUUUGCAGAUAUAAACUAGUUAAGAUGAAGUUGUACUGGAGUAAGGUGGGCCCUAAUCCAACACGACUUGGUGUCUUUAUAAACAGAGAUAGAGGACAGCCAUGUGAACACCGACACAUGGGGAGGACCCCAUGUGAUGAUCGGCAGAGACUACAGCGACACAUGUACAAGCCAGAGGAUGCCUGGGACUACCAGAAGCUAGGAGGGAGCAAGGAAGGAUUCUAGCCAUAGUCUUAGAAGGAACAGAACUCAUCUGACACCUAAAUGUCAGACUUCUAGCCUCCAGAACUGAGACCAUAAAUUUCUGUUAUUUAAGCCUCGCAGUUGAUGGUGCUUGGUUACAGCAGCCACAGGAAACUAAUGCAACCACUUUUGCAUUCUCAGUCCGCCUAGGUGCUCAGAUACGUCCACAAUUUACCACCACCAUCCUACCAGUCUUGAGUCUUGGAGGCAUUUCAGCGCCCCUGAAGCCAGCCUGCCUCACCGCCAUCCAUGUAAGCAAGUGAACUGAAAUGGUGGUGUCAUUGGGCACCUGCUUCAGGUGUGGCAGCAGGAAGCCUCCAGGAGUCCGUAUGCCCAUCCCCUUCCCCAGAUUCCCUUGGACUUGUCAGAGCAGCCACCCUGGAAAUGCUGGGCCCAGCUCUCUCAUGUUUAUCCCGUACCUUCCCUCUCCACACUAUCCUGGAGGCUGCCAACCACUUGGAGGUCAGGAAAUGACACAGGUGGAGGUUUGCAGAGAUCCCCCACCCCAAAAUGCACCAUAUCUACUUUAGAAAAGACCC